AUGUGGGCGGCUGAUGUGCAGAUUCAAGGGAAAGUGUUGAAAUUCAAACUUGAAACCGGUGCAGACGCUACUGCCAUUUCUGAAAGUGACCUGAAAGACUUGUUCCCAGGGGCACAAAUGCCUAUUCUCAAUAAGCCAGAGAAACCCUUGCUGGGUCCAGGAAAGAUUCAGCUAGAGGUAGCAGGCUAUGCAAAAAUGCAGCUGACUUACAAAGCCAAGCAGACGGAGGAGAAGGUCUACGUGGUGAAAAACCUGAGCGCACCUUUGUUCGGGCUACCGGCCAUUACUGCCCUGGGCCUACUCAUUCGAGUCGACAGCGUCACCAUGGACUCUUUAAAGGCAAUCUACCCAAAAUUGUGCAAGGGCCUAGGCGACAUCCGACGACCAUACCACAUCAAGCUCAAGCCAAAUGCUGUGCCAUUCUCUUUAAAGACUCCACGGAGAAUUCCCCUGCCUCUUAUGGGAAAGGUGAAAGAGGAACUCCAACGUAUGGAAGAGAUGGGGGUCAUCAGGCGUGUAGAAGAGCCUACAGAGUGGUGCGCUGGCAUCGUCGUUGUCCCAAAGAAGAACAGCCAGCGAUUACGCCUGUGUGUGGACUUCACGGGCUUGAACCAGUAUGUGUGUCGCGAGAAGUAUGUCCUGCCAUCAGUCGACCAGAGUUUAGGAAUGCUAGCAGGAGCCAGAGUGUUCAGUAAACUAGACGCGAACAUGGGAUUCUGGCAGAUUCCUUUAGCAGAGGAGUCAGCCAAAUACACAACAUUCAUAACACCUUUCGGACGAUACCACUUCCAGCGUCUCCCGUUUGGGAUAAACUCUGCCCCUGAGCACUUCCAGCGUGUCAUGGCAGAGGUCAUAGACGGACUGGACGGGGUGGUCUGCCACAUCGAUGAUCUGCUGGUGUGGGGAAAAAGACCAAGAGCAACACGACGCUCGUCUCCACGCCCUGCUGAAAAAGCUCGAGCAAGCAGGGGUGACUUUGAACACGGACAAGUGCGAGCUCUCCAGGAGUGAGGUGGUCUUCCUCGGGCACGUCAUCACCACGUCAGGCAUCAGACCCGAUCCAGAAAAGACAAAGGCCAUCAGGGACAUGAAAGAGCCUAUGACCGUGAUUGAGAUGAGGAGCUUCCUGGGGAUGGUAAACCAGGUGGGAAAAUUCAUACCCCAGCUGGCAGAGAAAGACAAAGCUCUCCGUGACCUUCUCUCAAAGAAGAACUGCUGGCUGUGGGGUGCUGACCAGGCGGCGUCUUUCAGGGCGCUGAAAGAAGCACUAACCUCUCCACCGGUCCUGGCCAUGUAUGACACAAGCAGGGACACCAAAGUAUCGGCAGACGCUUCAUCUUAUGGACUGGGGGGCGUGCUCCUCCAGAAAUGGGACAGCGAACGGAGGCCGGUAGCUUACGCAUCCCGUUCACUACUAUAGAGCAACGCUACGCGCAAGUCGAAAAGGAGGCCCUGGGUCUAACCUGGGCAUGUGAGCGCUUCCGGGACUUCCUGUUAGGAAAGCACUUCUGCCUAGAGACUGACCAUAAGCCGCUCCUGUCCUUACUAGGCGCACAAGCACUUGACCUUUUGCCCUCGAGGAUACAGCGCUUUAGAAUGAGGCUCAUGCGCUACUCCUAUGACAUUGUGCAUGUUCCGGGAAAGUCACUUUGGACGGCCGACACGUUGUCACGUUCACCCGUACAAGCACACAUGACUACAAAUGACACUGAGCUGAUGGAGAGCACGAACAUCUAUGUGGACUGCAUUGUCAACAACUUACCUGUCAGUCCCACAUUCAUGGACACACUCAAAGCACAGCUGGAGGCUGACAGUGUAUGCUCUCGUGUCAUGAAAAUGUGUGCAGACGGAUGGCCAGAGCAUGCAAAGCAGGAACCGCUCCUGAAACACUUUUGGCCCGAGCGGGCUACACUCACAGUACAAGAUGGACUUUUGCUGAAAGACACACGUCUAGUCAUUCCAGCAACCUUGCGGAACGACGUGCUGGACAGACUGCACGAGGGCCAUCAAGGAGUCGUGAAGUGCAAAGCACGUGCCUGUCAGACUGUGUGGUGGCCUGGGCUUGGACAACAAAUCACUGAGAUGGUGCUCAGAUGCAGAACAUGUCUACAAGAGCGCCGCAAUCACAGUGAGCCGCUCAUGCCGUCAGACUACCCCGAGCGCCCAUGGCAAAAGCUGGGGGCUGACCUUUUUGAACUGGAGGGAAAAACUUACCUACUAGUCUUUGAUUACCUCUCCAGGUACGUCGAAAUUGCCCUGCUGACACACACAAAAAGCAAUGAUGUGAUUAACCAUCUCAAAUCAAUAUUUGCUAGGCAUGGCAUUCCGGAAAUUCUCAUGUCUGACAACGGCCCUCAAUUCUCCAGCCAGGCGUUCGCUUCCUUCGCCACAGCAUAUGGGUUCAAACACCUAACCAGCAGCCCCAAAUUCGCACAGAGCAACGGCGAAGCUGAGCGCGCUGUACAGACAAUGAAGAAUCUUCUGAAGAAGGCAACUGACCCGUACAUGGCUCUUCUCGCAUACAGAGCCACACCUCUUCAAAAUGGAUACAGCCCGGCCCAGUUGCUCAUGGGUCGACGUCUCCGCACCACAGUGCCGACACAUCCUUCGGAGCUAUGCCCAGCACUGCCCGACCGCAGCAUGCUGGUCCAGAAAGAAAGGGAGAAGAGGACGUCAGACGCCGCAAACUUCAACAGACGACAUUGUGCAAAGCCACUCAGUAGCCUGUCACCAGGUCAGGAGGUGUGGAUAACUGACACAAAAACACCAGGGACGGUGAUCCAGAAUCACGCCUCACCGAGAUCUUACCUUGUGGAUGUGCCACACGGGGUGGUAAGGCGCAACCGCCUGCAUCUUAUACCACUCCAGUCUCCAUCACAAGAUGAGGCUGGACAGCAGCAACAGGAGCCACUGCCGGUCCUAGAGCAGGGUCACACACCACCUGCUUUAGGGUCCCCUGUUCCCUCUCCUGGGGUUUCCACCCCCAGAACCAGGUCUGGGAGAGCAAUUAAACAGCCCAUUAGACUGGACUUAUAA